AUGAGUGACAAGAAGCUAAUGUGGGAGUGGCAGUGUGGAGGUGACCAGCAGCUGCUCUGCAAGGCCAGUCUGAUUGUCCUGCUGCUGCUGCACCUGGUACAGCCCGCCCGGUGUCAGCCGGCCCGGUGUCAGCCGGCCCAGUGUCAGCAAGCCUGGUAUAGCUGGCCCGGUGUCAUCCGGCCUGGUACAGCCGGCCUGAUAAAGCCGGCCCGGUAUCAGCCGGCCCGGUAUCAUCCAACCCGGUAUCAGCCGGCCUUGCAUCAGCCAGCCCGGUAUCAAGCAUCAGGCAUGCUGGUACAGCCGGACCCGCAUCAGCCGGCCCGGUACAACCGGCCUAGUGUCAGCCGGCCCGGAAUCAGGGAGGCCUGGUGUCAGCCGGGAGGAAUGUCAAAUCUUCACCUCCUCCUCCUCCUCGUCCUGGCCCCCCUCUCCCACCUGCCCGGCAUCAGCCCGGUACAGCCGGCCCUCUAUCAGCCGGCCCGGUAUCAGCCGGCCCGGCAUCAGCCACCUGGCGUCAGCCAGCCUGACUCUGACAGAGACCAAGAGGACAGCCAUGUUUUCAGCCAGACCAGAGAACCAGCCGUGAAAGACAAGAGGAGGUCACCCCCCUCUGACAGACCACCCUCCGCCCCCCACAGCCACCCCCACCACAGCGGCUCCACAGACGAACAGGAGAGCCCCGAGAGAGUGGUGCAGAAGGAGAAGCUCCAUGCGGAGCUGAAGCAGGUGCUGAGUCAGAAGAGGAGCCACCUGAGAGAGUCCAGCUGCCAACUGGCCCAACCAGAGAUGGACUCGCCCGCAGAGGAGCAGACCGGGAGGGUGGAGGCAGCCUGUGAGCCUGUGGAGAUCGUGGUGGAGACGGAGGCGGAGGCUGGAGCCAGCGGCUACAGCGUGAUGGGCGGGGGGGAGAGAGGCAUCUUUGUUAAGGACGUCCUCAAAGAUUCCCCGGCUGCCAAGCACCUCAGUCUGCAGCAAGGUGACCAGCUGCUCAGUGCCAAGGUGUACUUUGACAACGUGAAGUACGAAGAUGCCCUGAAGAUCCUGCAGUGUGCGGAGCCGUACAAGGUCAGCUUCCAGCUGAAGAGAACCAUCCCCAGCGGAGACGUCAGCAUUCACCCUGGAGCUCCCAGCCUGGAGGCCAAAGGACCCAAAGCCAAGACGGCCAAAAUGAGUGUCAAGAGCACCAAGCCAUUCAAGGUGAAGAAGAAGAGAGGAGGCCGGUUUGGUCUGAAAAGGCUGAAAGAGAAGAAGGGCAGAGAGCAGCUGGUGAUAGAAGGAACUCCCCCCAGGCUGGAGAUGACUGAUGUGGAUGUGGAGUUUUCUCUCCCGAAAUUCAAACAGAGGAGGAGCGCAAAGGCUGCAGCAGAGGAGGCUGGAGGAGCGGCAGCCUUGGGCAAGAAAAAGAGGAGGAUCAGGUUCCCUGGAAUGAAAAUGAGGGGUUAUUCUGGAGGAGCAACAGGAGGAAAAGUGGAAACAGGAACAUUUGAAGGACAGGUGGAUAUCUCUUCACCUGAUGUACAGGGAGCUAAAGUGAAAACCAAGGGGAAAGGACCCAAGUUUGGAAUUGCCUUUCCUAAGAGCAAACACACAGUGUCAGACCCAGCCUUGGCAACUAAGCCUGUAGAGCUGAAACCAGCAGAUGUGAAACUACAACCACCAUCAGUGGAGUUCAGUUUGUCUAGCAACAAAGGCAGCGACAUCGAAGUUGAAAAGGGAGGGGCUAAGUUUAACGCACCAGAUGUGGAGUUUGCUCUCCCUUCAGGAAAAGCUGAGGCAUCUUUACCCACUGUGAAGGGAAAGGCAGAAUUCAAAGCGCCUAAAAUUGACUUAAAAGGAGGAGCUGAUACAGAGGGGACUGUGGGAAAAGCAGAUAUAGAUGCACGCAAAGGAGAGGCCAAGCUGAGAAUGCCAAAGUUGAAACUACCCAAAGUUCGACUCUCACGCCAUUCUGAUGAGAUAGAUGGUGACAUCAAGAUAAGAGCUGAGGGUCCUGAGAAGAUGGGGCUGAAAAUGCCCAAUAUUGACAUAACACCUCCAGAUGUAGAUUUGGAGCUUUCUCUUCCCACCAUAAAGGGAGAUAUAAACGCACCUGAAACAAAGAUCAAGGGAGCGGGUGUUGAGGGCAUGGAUCUCUCAGGGAAAGGUGCAUCUAUUAAGAUGCCAUCUGUCGAUAUCUCUUUGCCAAAAGUGAAGGGCAAGUCUGACAUGGACAUCACACCUCCAGACUAUAAAGCAGAUGGGAAGAUGGAAAUCAAAAUGCCUGCCAUUGACAUCUCUGUUCCUGAUGUUGAUUUGGAACUGGACACUGGACGGAGAAUACCUGAUGAGGUGGAAGGUACUUCUUUAAAAGGACCCAAUAUCUCCAUGCCAAAAGUUGACAUCUCCUUACCAAAGAUGGAAACACCUGAUGUGGACAUCUCUCUCCCAGAGAUGACAGCAAAGGGUGCAGAUGUAGAUAUGGAGCAUUAUGUUGGCGGAGAUGGAAAGUUCAAAAUGCCUGAUUUUGACAUAUCUCUCCCUAAAAUUAAGUCACCUGAGGGACAAGUAAAUAUUAAAGGCCCAGAGGUCAAAGGGGGCUUCAAGUUGCCCAAAGUAGACCUGACUCUUCCCAAAGGAAAAGCAGGAGAGAUUGAAGCUGCGGAGGGCAAAGAAGGAAAAUUUAACUUGCCAUCAUUGGACCUCUCCCUACCUAAAAUGAAGACAGGUGAGACAGAAGUUGACAUUGAGGGUCCUGAACUAAAAGGUGGUAAAUCUGAAAUGCCCACAUUUGACAUUUCCCUGCCCAAAGGCAAAAUGGAAGGAGAUGUUGAGGUAGAAGGCCACACAGGGAAGGGAAACAAAUUUAAAAUGCCUACCUUUGAUGUUUCUUUACCAAAGCUGAAACAACCAGAGGGUCAUCUCAACAUAGAGGGGCCAGAGAUGAAAGAUGGAGGUAAAAUACAGAUGCCAUCUAUUGAUAUAUCCCUACCAAAAGGAAAGACACAGAGGGACAUUGAAAUAGAGGGACCAUCAGCAAAAGGGAGCAAAUUCAAAAUGCCGUCAUUCGACAUCACACUCCCUAAGAUAAGGACAUCUGUUGGUGAGGUUGACAUAGAGGGCCCUGAAAUUAAAGGAGGGAAAAUAGAAGCACCAUCAGUAGACAUUUCUCUCCCAAAAGGUAAAUCCAAAGGUGAGAUUGCCAUUGAGGGAAAAGGUGCCAAGAUGCCUACAGUUGAUGUUUCUCUUCCCAAAGGAGGAGUAGAAGGAGAUUUAGAUAUUGGGGGUGGUGAAGGAAAAGGGGGAAAAUUUGCCAUGCCUUCUCUGGACAUUUCUCUUCCAAAGAUGAAGCUACCUGAAGGAGAUGUGAUGAUUGAAGGCCCUGAGGCCAAAGGAGGAAAGAUUGAGCUGCCAACCGUUGACUUUUCUCUUCCCAAAGGAAAUCUAGAAGGGGAUAUGGACCUUGAAAGCAGCGGUGGUAAGGGAGCCAAGUUCAAGAUGCCCACUUUUAACAUCUCUGUCCCAAAGAUGAAAUUAAAAGAAGGUGAGGUUGAUAUUGAAGGUCCUGAGUUGAAAGGAGGAAAGUUUGAAAUGCCUUCGAUUGAUGUGUCACUUCCAAAAGGAAAACUAGAGGGAGAUGUUGAGGGUGGCGGUGGAAAGGGAGGUAAAUUCACAAUGCCUUCAUUAGAUAUCUCUCUUCCAAAGGUUAAAUCACCUGAAGUGGAUCUAAGCGUAAAAGGAAGUGAGAUCAAAGGUGGCCAAAUUCACAUGCCAACAAUUGAUAUUUCUCUUCCCAAAGGAAAAGCAGAGGGCAAAUUAGAUAUUGACGGGCCUUCGGGAACAGGAGGAAAGUUUAAAACGCCAGCAGUUGAUGCAUCCUUGCCAAAGAUGAAGAUCCCUGAAGGUGAAGUUAGCCUUGAGGGGCCAUCACUUGAUAUCUCCCUUCCCAAAGGAAAAGUUGAGGGAGACAUGGAGACUAAGAGCAAAGGGGGGAAGUUCCACAUGCCCUCAAUUAAUAUUUCUCUCCCUAAAAUGAAAUCAAAGGGAGGUAACAUCAACAUUAAGGAACCCAAGGUCAAAGGAGGGGAAAUCAAAAUGCCCACAGUUGACAUCUCAUCUCCUAAAGGAAAGUUAGAGGCUGGUAUCACUGUCGAAGGUGAAGCAAAAGGAGGAAAAAGAGGCAAAGUCAGCAUGCCUACUGUAGACAUCUCCAUGCCCAAAGUACAGUUCCCAGAGGGUGAUGUGAAGAUUCAGGGACCGAAAGUUAAAGGUGGCAAGUUUGACAUGCCAAAAAUUGACCUCUCUCUUCCAAAGGGUAAAGCAGAGGGAGAUAUUGAUAUUCAAGUUCACUCUGGAAAAGAUGGGAAAUUUGAGGUGCCAACCAUUGAUAUUUCACUUCCUGAAGGAAAAAUCAAAGGUGAUGUUAAUAUUGAAGGGCCAGAAGGAAAAACGGGUAAAUUCAAAAUGCCCAAAUUUGACGCUUCUCUUCCAAAAAUAAACCUACCAGAGGGUGAUAUCAAAAUAGAAGCACCAGAGAUCAAGGGAGGAAAGAUUGAGAUGCCAGACAUUGAUAUUUCACUCCCCAAAGGAAAAGUAGAGGGAGAUAUUGACAUUGAGGGCUAUGCAGGUAAAGGAGGCAAGUUCCAUAUGCCCUCAAUUGAUAUCUCUCUUCCUAAAAUGAAAGCUAAGGGACCAGAGGUCAAUAUUGAAGGUCCUGAGCUGAAAGGAGGAAAAGUCAACUUGCCAGACAUUGACCUUUCACUCCCCAAAGGAAAGGUUGAAGGUGAUAUCAAUAUUGAGGGUCCUGAAGGGAAAUCAGGUAAAUUCAAACUGCCCAAAUUUGACAUUUCGCUUCCAAAGAUGAACCUGCCAGAGGGUAAUGUCAAAGUGGAAAGACCAGAGAUUAAAGGAAAGAUUGAAAUGCCAACCAUGGAUGUUUCACUUCCAAAAGGAAAAAUAGAGGGAGAUGUUGACAUUGAGGGCCAUGCAGGUAAAGGAGGCAAGUUUCAAAUGCCUUCAAUUGAUGUCACACUUCCUAAAAUAAAGGGUAAGGGACUUGAUAUUGAUAUCGAAGGACCUGAAGUUAAAGGUGGAAAGUUCAGCAUGCCAUCACUUGAUGUUUCACAGCCAGAGGGAGACGUCAGCAUUGAGGGUCCUGGGGUUAAAGGAGGGAAAUUCAAAAUGCCCAAAUUUGAUGUUUCAUUACCAAAGGUGAAGCUCCCAGAGGGUGAUAUCAAAAUAGAAGCACCAGAGAUCAAGGGGGGGAAGAUUGAGAUGCCAGACAUUGAUAUUUCACUCCCCAAAGGAAGAGUAGAGGGAGAUAUUGAAAUUGAGGGGCAUAGUGGCAAAGGAAGCAAGUUCCAUAUGCCCUCAAUUGAUAUCUCUCUUCCUAAAAUGAAAGCUAAGGGACCAGAGGUCAAUAUUGAAGGUCCUGAGCUGAAAGGAGGAAAAGUCAACUUGCCAGACAUUGACCUUUCACUCCCCAAAGGGAAGGUUGAAGGUGAUAUCAAUAUUGAGGGUCCUGAGAGAAAAGGCGGCAAAUUCAAACUGCCCAAAUUUGACAUUUCACUUCCAAAGAUGAACCUGCCGGAGGGUGAUGUCAAAGUGGAAGGACCAGAGAUUAAAGGAAAGAUUGAAAUGCCAACCAUGGAUGUUUCACUUCCAAAAGGAAAAAUAGAGGGAGAUAUUGACAUUGAGGGCCAUGCAGGUAAAGGAGGCAAGUUUCAAAUGCCUUCAGUUGAUGUCACACUUCCUAAAAUUAAGGGUAAGGGACUUGAUUUUGAUAUCGAAGGACCUGAAGUUAAAGGUGGAAAGUUCAGCAUGCCAUCAUUUGAUGUUUCACUGCCUAAAUGGAAAUCUCCAGAGGGAGACGUCAGCAUCGAGGGUCCUGAGGUUAAAGGAGGGAAAUUCAGCAUGCCAACCAUUGACAUUUCACUUCCCAAAGGAAAAGUUGAGGGUGACAUAAAUGUUGAGGGCCCUGAGGGGAAAGGGGGGAAAUUCAAAAUGCCCAAAUUUGAUGUUUCAUUACCAAAGGUGAAGCUCCCAGAGGGUGAUAUCAAAAUAGAAGCACCAGAGAUCAAGGGGGGAAAGAUUGAGAUGCCAGACAUUGAUAUUUCACUCCCCAAAGGAAAAGCAGAGGGAGAUAUUGACAUUGAGGGCCAUGCAGGUAAAGGAGGCAAGUUCCAUAUGCCCUCAAUUGAUAUCUCUCUUCCUAAAAUGAAAGCUAAGGGACCAGAGGUCAAUAUUGAAGGUCCUGAGCUGAAAGGGGGAAAAGUCAACUUGCCAGACAUUGACCUUUCACUCCCCAAAGGAAAGGUUGAAGGCGAUAUCAAUAUUGAGGGUCCUGAAGGGAAAUCAGGUAAAUUCAAACUGCCCAAAUUUGACAUUUCGCUUCCAAAGAUGAACCUGCCAGAGGGUGAUGUCAAAGUGGAAGGACCAGAGAUUAAAGGAAAGAUUGAAAUGCCAACCAUGGAUGUUUCACUUCCAAAAGGAAAAAUAGAGGGAGAUAUUGACAUUGAGGGCCAUGCAGGUAAAGGAGGCAAGUUUCAAAUGCCUUCAGUUGAUGUCACACUUCCUAAAAUUAAGGGUAAGGGACUUGAUUUUGAUAUCGAAGGACCUGAAGUUAAAGGUGGAAAGUUCAGCAUGCCAUCAUUUGAUGUUUCACUGCCUAAAUGGAAAUCUCCAGAGGGAGAUGUCAGCAUAGAGGGUCCUGAGGUUAAAGGAGGGAAAUUCAGCAUGCCAACCAUUGACAUUUCACUUCCCAAAGGAAAAGUUGAGAGUGACAUAAAUGUUGAGGGCCCUGAGGGGAAAGGGGGGAAAUUCAAAAUGCCCAAAUUUGAUGUUUCAUUACCAAAGGUGAAUUUUCCAGAGGGUGACAUAAAAAUAAAAGGACCAGAGAUGAAGGGAGGAGAUAUAAAGAUGCCAACAGUUGAUAUUUCAGUUCCCGCAGGAAAGGUGGAGGGUGAUAUCAAUAUUGAAGGGCCAUCUGGAAAAGGAGGAAAGUUUGAAAUGCCAAAAGUUGACCUGUCCCUACCAAAAAUAAAGUCAAAAGAAGUUGGUAUCAAUAUCAAGGGUCCUGAGGCAAAAGGUGGAAAAUUUGACAUGCCUAAAACAGAUGUCUCAAUUCCCCAAAUAACGGGGCAGGGUGAAGUGGCGGUUGACACAUCUGGUAAAAAAGGUGGUGGACUCCACAUGCCAGCUCUUGAUAUAAAUGUCCCCAGGUUUGACCUUGACCUCAGCCUUCCAUCUAGUCACAAAGACAAAAGCCUCAAAGUGGACACCAGUGGUCCUCAUGCAUCGGGAACCCUUGAAAUGUCUAGUGGCUUCAAAGGGGAGGUGAAACCACCGAAGAUAAAAGUUAAGGGCACGGACAUUGAAGCAGGUGCCAUAGAAAGUACAGGUGGAUCCAUCAAGCUUCCCACGGUCAAAUUACCAACAGUUGACAUCUCAGCUCCUAAGGUGGAUCUAGACUUUGGCCUGACCAAACCUAAAGGUGAUGAUGUGGAGGUGGAGCUUCUGAAAGCAGAAGGAGGGAGGCCUUACUCAGGGGGCAGCUUUGACAUGCCUGAUAUCUCCCUUAAAGCCCCCAAGUUCUCCUUACCUAAGUUUGGUUUGAAGUCCAAGAGUGGUGAUUUGGCGAUAGAAGGACAAGGCCCCAAGGCGGAUAUUUCUCUCAGCCCACCACAAGUAGAGGGAGAAAUUAGAGCACCAUCAGUAGAAUUUGAUGGCGAUGGAAAAGUUAAGGUCAAAGUGAAAAAGCCUAAAAUUAAAAUGCCCUCAUUUGGAAUAUCGAAAAAGGAUGCAGAUAUAUCUGUGUCUUGUCCUGAGGUGGACGUUAAAGCAAAGAAAGGGAAAAUUGAUGUUCCUAAACCAGAAAUAAAUGUUGAGGGCCCAGAGGAUAAAUCAAAAUACAAAGUGAAAUUCCCCAAGUUCAAAAUAUCCUCACCAAAGGGUCAGCUACCAGAGGGGGAAGUUGAUGCUAAACUGGAGGGAGACAUGGAAAGAAAAGGUGGCUUCCAUGCACCUGAUGUCACAAUUAAAUUGCCCAAGUUCUCCAUGCCAGGGUUUGGCUCUAAAGAGGGAGAUUUGGGCAGGUCAGGUGACCUUGACGCUAAGACCAAGGUCAAGAUGCCUUCUGUUGAACUAUCACUACCAGCAGCUAAGACACCUGAAACCGAGGUUCUUCUUCCCAAAGCUGAAGUGGAUGUCUCAGAGGCUGAUAUCAGAGGUUAUGAGGGAAACCUCAGAAUCCCCAAAAUGCCAACUAUUGAUGUUUCUGUCCCUAAAGUAGACCUGGAUGUGUCCCUCCCUAAAGUAAAGCAUGACACAAAGACUGAGGGAGAAGGAAGCAAAUUCAAGAUUCCCAGCAUCAAAAUGCCUGAUAUUGACUUGUCACUUCCUAAAGGAAAAACAGGUGACAUUGAAGGAGGUAACAUUGGAGCUGAGGUGGAGGGAGGGAAGUUCAAGAUGCCUCACAUCAACAUGCCCAGUUUGGAUAUGUCCUUGCCAAAAGGAAAGUCUGCAAAAAUUGAGGGACCAGAAGUGGAGCUGAAAGGAGAUGGAGGAAAAUUCAAAAUGCCACAUAUCACAAUGCCAUCUAUAGAUAUAUCCCUUCCCAAAGAAAAAUCUGGAGAUCUCAGUGCAUCAGGUGUUGAAUUGGAGGGGGGGGGAGAAGGGAAAUUUAAAAUGCCCCAUGUCAAAAUGCCCAACGUUGACAUAACCCUGCCCACAGUAAAAGCAGGAAAAAUUGAUAUUCCAGAUGUUGAUGCAAAAGUUGAGGGAGAGGGAGGCAAAUUCAAAAUGCCUGGAAUAAAAAUGCCAAAAGUUGAUAUUUCACUACCCAAAGGAAAAUCUGGCAAGAUUGAAGGUCCAGAUGUAAGGAUAGAAGGAGAAGGAGGGGAUUUCAAAAUGCCUGAUAUGGAUAUUUCACUGCCAAAGGGAAAGAUUGAAGGUCCUGAGGUGGAAAUUGAAGGAGAAGGAAAGUUCAAGAUGCCUCACAUAAAAAUGCCUAACAUCUCUCUUCCUAAAGCAAAAAUUGGAGGCACUGAUAUACCUGAGAUAGAAAUGGACGGAGAGGGUGGAGGGAAAUUCAAAAUGCCUCAUAUGAAAAUGCCAGAAGUUGACAUAUCACUACCCAAGGGAAAGUUGGGAAAGACAGAAGGCCCAACAAUGGAGGUCAAAGGAGAAAGUGGAAAAUUCAAGAUGCCACACUUUAGCAUGCCCUCAGUAGAUAUUUCACUGCCAAAAGGAAAAAUUGAAGGUCCAGAAGUUGAAAUAGAGGGAGAUGGGGGAGGAAAAUUUAAAAUGCCUCACAUGAAAAUGCUUGAUGUUGACAUAUCUCUGCCCAAAGGCAAGAUUGAAGGUUCAGAAAUGGAGAUCAAAGGGGAGAGGGGAAAAUUCAAGAUGCCACACAUCAGCAUGCCUUCAGUAGAUAUUUCACUGCCAAAAGGAACCAUUAAAGGUCCAGAGGCUGGAAUAGAGGGAGAUGGAGGAGGAAAAUUUAAAAUGCCUCAUAUGAAAAUGCCAGACAUUGACAUAUCACUACCGAAAGGAAAGCUGGGAAAGAUUGAAGGCCCAGAGAUCCACAGAGAAGGUGGGAAAUUCAAAAUGCCAGACCUUAGCAUGCCCUCAGUAGAUAUUUCACUGCCAAAAGGAAAAAUUGAAGGUCCAGAAGUUGAAAUACAGGGAGAUAGGGGAGGAAAAUUUAAAAUGCCUCAUAUGAAAAUGCCUGACAUUGACAUAUCACUACCCAAAGGAAAGCUGGGAAAGAUUGAGGGCCCAGAGAUCCACGGAGAAGGUGGGAAAUUCGAAAUGCCAGACCUUAGCAUGCCCUCAGUAGAUAUUUCACUGCCAAAAGGAAAAAUUGAAGGUCCAGAAGUUGAAAUACAGGGAGAUGGAGGACGGAAAUUUAAAAUGCCUCACAUGAAAUUGCCUAAUGUUGACAUAUCUCUGCCCAAAGGCAAGAUUGAAGGUCCAGAAAUGGAGAUCAAAGGGGAGGGUGGAAAAUUCAAGAUGCCACAGCUCAACAUGCCUUCAGUAGAUAUUUCACUGCCAAAAGGAAAAACUGAAGGUCCCGAAGUUGAAGUAGAGGGAGAUGGGGGAGGAAAAUUCAAAAUGCCGCAUGUGAAAAUGCCUGACAUUGACAUAUCUCUGCCCAAAGGCAAAAUUGAAGGUCCAGAGAUCAAAGGAGAAGGUGGGAAAUUCAAGAUGCCACAGAUUACGGUUCCCUCCAUAUCACUGCCCAAAGGAAAAUCUAGCAAAAUUGAAGGCCCAGGGGUAGAAAUUGAGGGAGAAGGAGGGGGGAAAUUCAAAAUGCCUUCUAUUGACAUUUCACUACCCAAAGGAAAAUCUGGCAGAAUUGAGGGACCAGAAUUGGAGUUUGAAACAAACAAGGGAGGUCUUAAAAUGCCACAUAUUGCAGUUCCCUCAGUCGACAUUUCACUGCCCAAAGGAAAGAUUGAAGGUCCUGGGGUUGAAAUUGAGGGUGAUGGAGGAAAGUUCAAGAUGCCUCACAUUAAGAUGCCAAACAUUGACAUCUCUCUUCCUAAAGGGAAACCUGGAAAGAUUGAAGGACCAGAAAUGGAGAUAGAGGGGGAGGGCAGGAAAUUUAAGAUGCCUCAUGUCAAAAUGCCAAAUGUUGACAUAAACCUUCCCACAGUAAAAACUGGAGAAAUUAGUACACCAGAUGUGAGUGUAACAGUUGAGGGAGACGGAGACAAAUUCAAAAUGCCUGGUAUCAAAAUGCCAAAAGUUGAUAUUUCACUACCCAAAGGAAAGUCUGGCAAGAUUGAAGGUCCAGAAGUAAAGCUAGAGGGAGAAGGUGGAGGGAAAUUCAAAAUGCCACAUAUGAAAAUGCCUGAUGUAGAUAUAUCUCUUCCCAAAGCCAAAAUUGGCAAAACUGGCAUGGCAAAUAUGGACAUAGAAUUCGAGGGAGCAGGAGAGAAGCUUAAGAUGCCACAUGUCAAAAUGCCUAGUGCUGACAUUUCACUACCAAAAGGAAAAGCUGAAAUUGAAGGGCCAGAGAUGGAGCUAAAAGCAGAAGGAGGAAAAUUUAAAAUGCCGCAUAUCACAAUGCCUUCAGUGGAUAUUUCACUACCAAAAGGAAAAUCUGGAAAGAUCGAGGGUCCGGAGUUCGAGAUUGAGGGAGAUGGGGGAAAGUUCAAGAUGCCACAUGUUAAAAUGCCAAAUGUUGAUAUAUCUCUUCCUAAAAGAGAAGUGGAUAUUGACACACCAGAUUUGAGUGUGGAGGCAGAGGGAGGGAAGAUCAAGAUGCCGCAUAUCAAGAUGCCAAAUGUUGAACUGUCAUUGCCCACAAGGAAAUCUGGAGAAAUUGAGGGUCCAGAAAUUGACAUAAAAGCAGAGGGGGGCAAAUUUAAAACACCACAUAUCAAGAUGCCAAAAGUCGACAUUUCACUUCCAAAAGGUAAAACAAAAGAUACUGAUGUAGAGAUGGAGGCUGCAGCAGGAAAAAUCAAAGGGCCAGACAUCAAACCUCCAAAGGUUGACAUAGCAGUGCCAAAGGGGAAGUUAGGCGAUACAGAAAUCAGCUUACCCAGUGCUGAGGCUGGGGGGAAGAUCAAAGUACCACAAGUGACAUCACCUGAUCUGGACCAUGAUGUAAAAGCUGAGGGAGAGCACAAGGGCUUGAAACUAAAGAUGCCAACAAUAAAUAUUGAGGGUCCCAAAGGAGAUCUGGAGCUUGAUAUUGGUCUUCAUAGAGGAGAAGGAAAGAAAGACAGGAAAAAGGUUGAACUACCAGACUUGGAUCUCAGCUCACAGGGAACCAGUGGCAAAGUCAAGGGGCCUAAAGUAAAAGGAGGGAAAUUCAAGAUUGGAAUGCCUAAAAUGAAAAACAGUGGAGAUGCAACAGCUGAGGUGAAAAAGCCUGGAAAAGAUGAGAACGAAGGAGUAAGUGGUCGAUUCAAAAUCAAAAAAGGCAAACCCGGCAAAGGAAACAUUGAGCUGCCAGAGGUUGAAGCUAGUGGUCCAGUGUUACCUGAUAUCUCCAUCCCUGAUGUGGAAUUCUCUGGUCCCUCGAUUUCAGCCCAUGGAGAAACUUACAAUGGACAAACAGAGGAUAAAGAUCAUAUUAAGCUCCAAGGGCCAAAGGUCAUAUUACCAACCGUUAGUCUAAAGACCAAACAAGGUUCAGGCACUGGGUCCUUAGGAACAGAUGGAGAAAGUGACCCCUCUUUAUCCAACAUUGAAAUUAAGGCCCCCAAGAUACCAGAUAUUGACUUUGAUAUAAGUGCAUCACAGGAUGAAGAUGGUGACAAAACAGGAAAAGGUAAGAAAAUCAAAAUCCCUAAAUUUGGUGUCCCAUUACCUUCCAUCUCCUCUCCUGAGGGAAGAAUGGAUAUCUAUGGGAAGGAGAUUCGGUAUGAGGGCCCUAAGAUGCCUAAAGUAAAGAAAGCUGUGUUUGUGCUGGUAAAUCCUCCUCAAACAGACCAGGCUGCUGAAUCCACAGACCUCCCAGAAGUGGAGGCAACAGCUGAGGCUGAAACAGAAGAUGUCAAAGUAAAAAUGCCCAAAAUCAAAAUGAAGCCAACCUUUGGGAAGUCGGGCUCCAAAGACAAAGGAGCUGCUGUGAGCACAGAGGGGGCGGUGGAGGGAGAGGAGAAGUCAAAGAGUGGGAAGAUGAAACUUCCCAAAGUUGCUUUUUCUCCCAGUAAGUCGGGCUCCUUUGAUGUCACUCUCAAAGGUGAAGGUUCAACUUCCAGCCUCAACGGUGAAAAAGAUGCAAGUCUGCACAAUGGAUCUAAAGAAGAUAAAGGCAAGUUUAGUGGUAAAAUUAAACUUCCAAAGGUGGAGUUCACCUCUCCGUAUGGCAAGAUGGGGAGUGGGGAGGAGAGCACAGAAGCGAGUGCAAAACUAGUGAGGGAUUCAUCACCGGGAGCAACCGAGGGAGACGCUAAAGGCCUUAAGGUCAAAUCAGGCAAGAUGUCCUUCAGUGGUUUCAGUAAGAAGAAAGGAGGGUCAAGAGAAGAGGAGGAGGAGGCAGAGAGAGAGCCCUUGGAGGAGGUGGUGUCGUCUCAUGCCAGGACGGAGAUGCUGGACAGAGACAGUUCAGAGUCGCCAGCUGGUUUUACCAUGGAGUUCAGCUCAGGGAAGGUCCAGGCCUGGGGCGAGACAGAGGGCGACAGCAGAGGGCUGGGGGCCGAUGAGAGAGAGUCUUCCCCCUGGUUCAAGGUCCCCAAGUUCACCCUGAAGCCACACUCCACAGGCUUCCUCCAGAUAACUCCAGAAGGUUCUCCUCAGGCCCAGCGGAGGGGGGAGCUGGGAGGUGAGGCCGAGGUUUCCGGAUCUUUCUGCCUCCACACCUCGGAGGUAAGCUUCAGCCCUGACGAAGUGUCCGAGGAACACCACGUCUCUUCUUCUCAGGAGGGAACCGUCACCACGGUGACCAGGACCACCAGAGUCACCCGGCACAUGGUUACCACAGAAACACUGACAGGUGACGCUACAGCGACUACGACGACGACUCAGCGGGUGCUGGACUAUGAGUACUGA